AUGUAAACAGAGGGGGAAAAAAUCUCGUGAUUAAAAGUGAUUUUCGUAAAACAGUUACACACCCGGACUAAAAUUACGUGCGCACGCUUUUCGAAACAGGAAAUCGUCCUUAUUGUGUAUUUGCUGCAUGAUGAGAUGGAGGCUGUUGGGCAUUAUGUUGUUGGCUCAUCUGAGAGCAAACUUUCAAAAGUUGAUAUAUUGAGGGGGCUAAUCACUGAGAAAAUGACUAUAGCCGUGCGGGAAGUGUUAGCUGUGGUGGAGACAACAGUAGCUGGAUACGAGAAUGAAGUUUUGCUGUUGAAUCAGGAGUUGAGUCUUAAGAAGAGGCAACUGGACACGAUCCUGCAACCUCGAGUAUAUCUGAACAGGAGAGAUUUUAAUGAUGAAACCCCAGUCGUGUUUAGUGUAUCUUCAGGCGAAGUUGAACUGAGACACGUGCAGAAGAUCAUGAACAAUGGGGCAUCAAGAGAACGCACCGGGGGAUAUAGUAUUAUCGGCGAGCCCCCAACAUUGUCUCGUGAAGAAAAUGUGUUGAACCAUGAAGAAAGCGAUUGUGUUGUUGCAAAUCCAGCCAGUGACUCUUUUGUGCCUUGUCCGGCCAGAGGGGAAACGCAUCUCACCGAUGAAACGGUAAAUGAUGCCCAAAAAACGAAGGUCAAAAGGAGAAGGCGGGUGCCGAAGCGAUACAGAUCAAACGAUGACGAGACAGACUCUGACCGUCAGGAGAAAGAAGAAAAAGCAUGGAAACCCACGCAGCGAUCUUCACCUGGAAAGAAAAAUCAUUUGAUUAAAUUACGUCAUAAAAUAUGGAACAUCCCUACCAGUGACAAAAAAGAAGAAACAGAAAUAAUAUCCAGCCAACGCAAACUGCAGCAAUCUUUGACAAAAAAGCAUUUGAUUAAACUUAGAAUUGGUUUGAUGGAGUGCUCUGACACAGAUCUAUCAAACAAUGCUUUUGUCCUUAAAGGUCCAACUCAGACAAUUUUGUGUCAAGAAAACCUAAGCGAGCCUGACUUCUUAAUUCAUCUGAGAUCCACCUUUCCCGAGCUUGGAGAAGACCCUUUUGAGGCUGUCUUGCUUGAAAGAAACAAAACAUUACUUUCUAAUCCUGUGAAAAGGAUGACACAGACUGAACUUUACAGAGCCUUCAGAAAUACACAGAAACACCUUGCCUUUUACAUACAGCCAAAGGAGCUUAAAGACACUUGUGACACACCGACAUCAUCCCAUGAUCACGAGCCCAGUAGAAGGGAUUUUGAAGAACAACAACUGUCAGAAACGGUGUGUCCCUUUAAAUCGGAAGAUGAACAAGAUGGCCUGUCCUCCAUUGUAUCUGCAGCUCAGAGUGCAGAGGGUGAAGAUGAGGAUGACUGGAAUCCAGAACAAAACAAUGAAGAGAACAGCGCUUCUCCAAAACCUAAAAAGAUCAGAAAGAAAAGAGUUCCACAGAUUAGCCCUGGUUCAUGUAAAGUGUGUGGCCUUGCAUUCCAAUCCAUCAAAAAAAUCACCAAACAUGCUCUUUGUCACCUGGAUAAUCCCAAAAGCAUCUGUGGAGUAUGUGGACAAGAGCUGGAGUCAUCAGAGGAGCUCAAGAUUCACCUGGAAACUCACCAGAGACUACAUCAUUGUGACACGUGUGGAAGAUAUUUUCUGACCUUUAUUGCUUUUCAGAAACAUAAAGUUACUUGUGAGUUAAGUGAAACUGGCUCUGCUAAUGACAGGAUGUGGAAAAAAAUUAAUUUUCAUCAAAAAGAAAAGCCUAGUUACAAAUGUGAAUACUGCCCUCAGACUUUUACAUUUAAAACACAGCUUUAUGCUCACAAAAAGAAGAUACAUGGGGAGACAUAUUCUUGUGAUGUAUGUGGCAAAUAUCUUUCAGAUUAUUCAUGUCUCUCACGACACAAACUGAUUCACUUUGGUGAGAAGAAACACAGCUGUAAACAUUGUGGGAGGCACUUUUAUAGUAUAUCCCGUCUAAAAAGCCAUGAAAUAAUUCAUUUUGAUCGGGAAAGAAAUUUCUUGUGUGACAUUUGUAGCAAAACAUUUUAUACAAAGAGCUUGCUAACCACGCACCAGAAAAUACAUGAUGAAUCACAUGUCAUUGAAUGUCCUGUUUGUGGCAAGUUAUUAAAAGGAGAGUUAGAAGAACACAUGAGGAUUCAUACUGGAGAAAAACCGUACACUUGUAAAUUAUGUGGCGUGAAGUUUAGAUUACGUAAUCAUCUCAGAAACCACAUGAACUCCCAUCUUGGCAUCAAGCCUUUCACCUGUACAGUGUGUGGAUGUAAAACAUCACGUAAAUCACACUUGGAGAUGCACAUGAGGACUCACACUGGGCAGAAACCAUACAAAUGCACAUUGUGUGACAAGGCCUAUACACAAGCACACUGUUUAAAAACCCACAUGAAGAGCCACCAGACUGAAGAACAGACUGCUGUCAAUGCUUUGGCUUGAAAGGAAGAAGUAAAAGCAAUAAGCAAGCAAAUAGAAUUUUCCCCUGGGGAGGAAUAAAAAAUUUUUGUUACAGACUUGCAGCUGACUGAGGAAAUGGAAGAGAAAACUAAAAUAAAACAUCAGCAAUAGAGAUAAUACAAUCAACUAAAAUGCUGAUUAAAUAAAAUAUAAAUGUUAAUUGUAACUUAAAUCUGUAAUGACUGUAUUUUUAUGUUCAAUUUGGCAGCAGUGAGAUGACACAUUUCAACAGUUUGUGACCUUUUGAAAGGCCAGUACUACAGUUUGUGUAGCUUCUAUGUGUAAGCUUUUAACUCAUCCAUUCUUUGGCAUUUUGACUGGUUAAUUGCUCUUCUGAGUUCACUUUGAAUGUAAACAUUUAUGUCGGUCAAAUUUACUUAGUUCAUAUAGAGGAGCACUGUAUUCACAAAUAAAAUUAAAAUUACAAGACAAUUAUAGUCUUUUUGUUGAUCUUACAAAGCCAAAAUCAUCAGAAAAUAAUUGUAAUAUUCUUUUUACCUAUCCUACACUAG